GUCCUUCGAUGGUUUGUAUUGUCGCGUGCGAGGUGCUGGGGUCAGGCAAUCUACUUCCAGUCAUCAGUUCGUUUGGGAUUGCGCUCGAAGCUGGUCGUGUCCUGUCCAGUUACAGCCUCAUCUGCGUAUUUCAUUCGAGAUUCAGUGCGAUUUGGCAUAGGAAAUUCCGACCGUUGAAGGCGUUGGAAGCGGAUUGUCGAAGCGGAUGUCCUGUGAUUUUUCUGGUUGAAGAAAGGAUUUCUUAUGUUUUCAUACUUCUGAAAGCGUGGAAAGAUGAUGGGAUGGAAUUAAAUUGCACGCUACGAACUGCGAACAUUAUUCUUUGACCGUUUGGGAGGCAGCAAAACGUCUGACAGCAACCGGUAGUAAUCUAACUGGCUAGUUUGUGAGGUACAAUGAGAUGCUUUACGUCUCUCUCGUACUGCGAACGAAACGUGAUUUAAGUGGUUCUGUGUGGAAAAAAAAGUACACAAGAACUCGGUGCGACGAAAGGAAAGUGCAUUAAAAAGUUGACCGUAAUUGAAAAGUGCAUGACAAACAGAAAAAAAUAGAGGACAUUCGUUGUGGUUUCAAUUGUUUGAGCCAGUGAGAAGUAGGAAGUGGAUGGUACUGGAAGAUCAUAGCACUUUAUUAAACCCUCAUGAAAUAAUAGAAAGGAGUUUUGUGACAAAAAAAAAUAAAACAAAUGCUACGAAAAUAGUCGAGGCUAAAAAAAAUAACACCGACCAAAGGAUUACGUGGGGAUAACGUCUUCUGCUGUGGAACGAGCUUCAUUCUAUGUUUUGCAUUUGUUUAAUCUUUUGACUGCAGCUCUGACAGAGAAAACAUCCCUCAUUUCGGUAUGAAACGUUGAAAAAAUAAUCCAACCAUCAGGGCAAACCAGAGCGGAAACCUGCUCAGUUAUAGCAACUUGUUGCUAGGAAGCGCAUUAAAUUGUGAAGCUUGGCAAAGUGCGACUGACAGCCGGAAAAUGUGUGCUUAGAAGCUGCAAAUCUGUGUCCGACCUGUGUGUGUGGAAAGAAAAGUAGUGAAAAUUGGAAGAGCCUAUUUUCCGUGCAGAAAGUGAAAUUCAAACUGAAAGGACGAAAGCGUACUGGUAAAUGAAAGAAAAAAUAAAACACUUUAGAAAGCGACCGAUGCAGUGAGUUGCACAUCGUUCAGAUUUUGGCCAUGGCAAAAAUGAACUUUGAAUCAUAGCAUCGGGAAAAUUUAUGGUAACGUCAUGUCGCUCGUUUGAAAUCAUCAAUAUGUCAGUUGACCCUGCCAAUGCUGUCAAUUCCGGAGCUGCUACUGACGUCUUCAGUCGAUUAUCGUCUUCGUUGGCUGACGCUAUCGGGACAGAAACCACGACACUAGUGACGGGUGAUGCCAGAACGAUAGCAAGUCGUAAGCUUUAUUAUAUUGAUGGACAAGAGCAUGACAGCGUCGCUGCAAAGCUUCAAUUCAACGCUUUCCACAAUCAACAGCUACUUGGUGAAAAUAUCACAGCCUACUCGAUGUAUUCGACUCUGGAGUCUGGCGCAUACCACUCGGUAGAGUUGGUCAAUGAAAGCAAUCACCACUACACGAGCGGUCCACCCGUCGAGACAGACCACAAUGGCACGUUUUCAUUUAUCGGUGAUGACUACAGGGGCUGUAUGGAAAGUAGUGGGAACUCGUCCUAUUUGAAUGUGUCGUGCGAGACUAUCAUCAACUACAGCAUUCCCCUGUACGGAUACUGUACUCCAAUCUUCAUGUUAAUCACGUUGACUGCCAACUCGUUGAUUGUCAUCGUCCUCAGCAAACGUAGCAUGGCAUCACCAACGAAUUUUGUGCUAAUGGCGAUGGCACUUUGUGACAUGUUUACGUUGCUCUUCCCGGCGCCCGGCAUGAUCUACAUGUACACGUUCGGCAAUCACUACAAACCUUUAACACCCAUCGCCGCCUGCUACUUGUGGAACGCAUUUGGUGAGAUAAUACCGGCAAUGUUCCACACUGCAUCGAUAUGGCUGACGCUAGCGCUGGCCGUGCAAAGGUACGUUUACGUUUGUCACGCACCCAUCGCCCGAACGUGGUGCACGAUUCCCAGAGUCAAAAGGUGUAUCGCCUAUAUCUGUUUGGCAGCACUAAUUCACCAGAGCACCAGAUUUUUUGAUAAAUCAUAUAGCCUCUUGGAAAUCGAAUGGAAUGGUAACAAUACGGAGGUGUGUCACACGGAAAUCGCCAACUGGGUUCACAACUACAUCGGUGCGGAUAUCUACUUUACGUUAUACUACUCAUUUCGGAUACUGUUCGUGCACCUGAUACCGUGUGUGAGCUUAGUGGCACUGAAUGUGCUGCUGUUCAAAGCGAUGCGCCAAGCACAGAAGAAACGUGAACGCCUGUUCAAGGAUAAAGCCAAGAAGAGGGAAUGCAAGCGGGCCCGAGAUUCGAACUGCACCACGUUGAUGCUGAUAGUGGUGGUGACUGUUUUCCUGAUUGCUGAAAUUCCACUAGCUGUCAUUACGGCCUUACACAUUAUUUCUUCACUGAUCUAUGAGUUCCUUGAUUACUACAUAGCCAAUAUGUUUAUUUUAUUUGCCAACUUUUUUCUCGUUAUUAGCUAUCCUAUAAAUUUUGCUAUCUACUGUGGAAUGUCCCGCCAGUUUAGAGAAACAUUCAAAGAGAUUUUUGUCAAAUCGGCCAAACAGGUACCGGGUAGCAAAAAGGAAUGUGGCUCUUCUCGUUACUCCCUAGUUAAUGGCCCACGAACAUUCACAAACGAAACCGUACUCUAACUGUAACUAAGUAUGGUUUUAUGGAUUGCUCAUGUAUGACUAUCGAAAAAAGGUCAUACUCUGAUAGAAUAAACCCUAGACAAACGAAAAAAAAGGAAGCGGACAAAAGUUCUCUGAUGUAAUCCUUUUUCCGUGUUUUCACACUUUAGCACAGACAAUAGUGUGUUAAAAAGGUUUCAUACUGAUAAACCUGGCAGAAUCAUCUGAAUCAGAAAUUUUGAGCCCAUGUUUCUAAUUCAAAUGACACCAAUAAUAAGAGAGAAGAAACCUAGAGAAAAUCAAUUAUUAUAGACAACCAGCCUGCGUUUCAAUAUCAAAUUCCAAAAGUCAUAUCUUAAGCUAUGAUUUAUUUACAAAUUCUGUACCAAUUCAUCUGGUUGCAUGGAUAAGAUUGUGUGAACUAUUUGUAUUUGCUUGUGGUCUUGGAACGCAAAGGUUUGAAACAACUUUGUGAAUUUCAAUCCAGCAUACUUAUGAUACGAGAGAUAAAAACGAGUUCAUCAUUAAAAUGCUCGUUUUCAACCUUGAAACAUUCGCCAUGGUCGAAGAACACUAUUUUUUGUGAAAUGUUGAAUGAUGAGUUAGAUACGAAUUAAAAUUUACGAAUCUUGUACCUAUUUUUGAUACAAUAAUAAA